AUGUCAUUGCUUCUGCUCCUUUUGCUGCUGCAAUUGCCUCCUAAUUCCAGCAAGAAUGUGAACUCUGGAUGUGAUUGGAAGACAAAGGUUGAAAAUAUCUUGCCUUCACUUGAAGAGGAUAUUGCCAUUGGUGACUUUGUCUCUUUUGUUAUACCUGCAUUGCAAGAGAUUCUCUUCAAGAGACUUCCAGAUGAGGAGAUAAGUGCCUACAUUGUACCUAAACUGAUCCAGCAGUAUUUUGUAUUUGAAUUUGCCCUUAAAGAGAUAAACAGAAAUACCCAGCUAUUAUCUAAUACCACAUUGGGAGAAUUUGUGGUUCAAAAAGCUUACAAUGAAAUGGGAACAUGUUCUGGGACUAUGACUCUCCUGUUCACAGGAGAUGGGAAUCCUCCUAACUAUCUCUGCAAGAGGAAAUACAUGCUAAUGGCCAUCAUUGGUGGGCUCUCAUCUCACAAUUCUAGGCAGAUGCCUCACAUCUUGAACAUCUAUAAGAUGGCACAGAUCAGUUAUGGCUCCUUUGACCCUGCAUUGAAAGAUAAAGUUCAAUUCCCUUCUUUCUACCGAAUGAUCCCAAAUGAAAGUGCUCAAUAUGUUGCAAUUAUCAAGCUGCUGAAGCAUUUUGGAUGGACCUGGAUUGGCCUCAUUGUUUCAGAUGAUGACAAUGGAGAAAUGUUAUUGAGGACCCUGAUUCCUCAGCUACUCCAAAGUAGCAUUUGUUUAGCUUUCAAGGAAAUUAUUCCAAGAAUGAAGCAGCACUGGGCAGGAUAUACAGAAGGAAAAAUACCUUACAAUGAUAAAUUAUCAAGAAUGCAUUUGAUUCUUUCAUCAGCUGAUACCGAUGUGAUUCUUAUUCAUGGGGAUUCCCAAUCCAUGGAGGGCCUGAGGGUGAUUCUAUAUUUCAAUGAGUUUGUUGAAAUGAAGCCAACAGAGAAAAUAUGGAUCAUCACAGCUCAGUGGGAUUUCACAUCCACAAUCUCCAGUGAAUUUUUCACUCCAAGAUCCUUCAAUGGUACUCUGUCUUUUGCACUACCCACAAAAGAGAUUGAAGGCUAUGUGCAAUACCUUACCAAACUAAAUCCAAAUGAAAAUAAUGUUGCAGCUCUCCUUUGGGCCAAAGCCUUUCAAUGCUCAUUUCCCCAACAUAGUGAUAAUUUGCACCAGUUCACUGGAACCAACUGUACUGGGGAGGAGAAACUGAGCAGCUUGCCUGACUCUGUCUUUGAAAUGAGAAUGUCUGGUCAGAGUUACAGCAUCUACAAUGCUGUUUAUGCCAUUGCACAUGCUCUUCAUGCCAUGUUUUCUUCAAGAUUAAAGCCUAGAUCAUGGGGAGAUGGAGGUAUAUGGAAUCUUCAGUAUAUUCACCCCUGGCAGCUUCAUUCCUUCCUGAAACGCAUUCAUUUCAACAAUAGUGCUGGAGAAGAGAUAUUUUUUGAUGAAAAUGGGGAGUUGGUGAUUGGAUUUGAUAUCAUGAAUACAGUAGCCUUCCCCAAUCGGUCCAUGCGGAGAGUCCAUAUUGGACGGACUGACCCCCUGGCUCCUGAAGGGAAAGAUUUUAUUAUUCAGAAAAACUCCAUGUUGUGGAAUCACAUUUUUAUUCAGAAGCCUCCCAGAUCCAGAUGUGUUGAGAGUUGCCAUCCUGGACAGAGCAAGACCAUGCAUGAGGGCAAAGAGAUUUGUUGUUAUGACUGUCCACAAUGUUCAGAAGGAAUGAUUUCAAAGCAGACAGAUGCAGAAAACUGCAACAUGUGCCCAGAUGAUCAACAUCCAAACAAGAAUCAAGAUCAAUGCAUUUCCAAAAAUGUAAACUACAUGUCCUUUGGAGAUCCCUUGGGAAGGGUUUUGGUUUGUUUGGUUCUUUUAUUUUCCUUGAUGACCCUUGUGAUGAUGUGGAUCUUAUUUCAGCACAGGAAUACUCCCAUCAUUAAAGCUAAUAACUGGGCCAUUUCUUGUAUCCUUCUGUUCUCUUUGCUCCUUUGCUUUCUCUGCUGUUUGCUCUUCAUUGGUAAGCCUGGGGUUGUUUCUUGCAUUCUACGACAAACACUGUUUGCCAUUGUUUUUUCUGUUGCUGUUUCUUCAGUCUUGGCCAAAACUCUCACAGUGGUUCUGGCCUUCAUGGCCACCAAACCAGGAAACAAGAUGAGAAAAUGGUUAGGAAAGUAUUUGACAUUCUCAGUCAUUAUUAUUGCAUCUCUUAUUCAAAUUGCCAUUUGUGUCAUAUGGCUGGCCAUCUCUCCCCCAUUCCCAGAAUGGGACAAGCAUUCCCAGAUGGGAGAGAUCCUAGUGCAAUGCAAUGAAGGCUCAGAUGUGAUGUUCUACAUGGCUCUCAGCUACAUGGGAUUUCUGGCCUUCAUCAGCUUCACUAUGGCAUUCAUGGCUAGGACAUUGCCUGAUACAUUUAAUGAAGCCAAACUCAUCACAUUCAGCAUGCUGGUCUUUUGCAGUGUUUGGGUGUCUUUUGUUCCCACCUACCUGAGCACCAAAGGGAAAUACAUGGUUGCUGUGGAGAUCUUCUCCAUUUUGGCCUCUAGUUUUGGGUUGCUGGGCUUCAUUUUUCUACCGAAGGCAUACAUUGUUUUACUGAGGCCUGAGCUCAAUACUAGGGACCAGCUGGUAAGGAAAAAGAAUUUAAGUACUUACUGA